AUGAUACAGAAUACCAGGGCCAAAUAUGGGAUUGUAGAUGACGAUGUCUACAACUUUGACGAGACUGGGUUCAUGAUGGGCAUGAUCUUCCCAGGUAUGGUAGUUACGACCUCAGAUGGCCGUGGCAAGGCAAAUCUGGCCCAGCCUGGUAAUCGCGAAUGGGCGACUGUGAUCCAGGGGGUCAACGCCCUUGGCUGGGCCAUCCCUCCAUUCAUCAUCCUGGCCGCGCAAUACCACCUCGCCAACUGGUACCGCGAGUGCAAUCUACCACUCGACUGGCGCAUGGCAACUACCGACAAUGGCUGGACUACCAAUGCAGUUGGCCUUGACUGGAUCAAGCACUUUGACUACCAUACGGCGCCCCGGACAAAGGGUAUAUACCGGUUGUUGAUCCUCGACGGCCACGAAAGCCACCACUCCACCGAGUUCGAGCUCUACUGCCGGGACAACAAGAUCAUCACACUCUCCAUGCCCCCGCACUCUUCCCACAAGUGCCAGCCACUUGAUGUUGGCUGCUUCGGGCCACUGAAGCAGGCCUACGGUCGCUAUGUUGAGGAGCUCAUGCGGGCACAUAUCAACCACAUCAGCAAGCUCGAGUUCCUUUGCGCCUUUCGCGAAGCCUUCUUCGCUUCCAUGACAGAGAAGAAUAUCCAGGAUGGGUUUGCAGGGGCCGGCAUCGUACCAUUCGAUCCAGAGAGGGUGCUUUCUAAGCUGCAUGUCAAGCUUCAUACACCAACACCCCCAAACUCCCGGCCUGGCACUGCACAACCUUGGGUCUCUAAGACCCCACACAGCCCCCAAGAAGCCAGCUCGUAG